UGCUGCAGCAGUCCACCAGCGGGGCCUUCCCACUCGGAGGUUAAGAAAGCUUCCAGGCAGAGAGGGGGGGAAGUGUUUGUUGUGUGUCCGCGUUGUGUCCGAAGCCUCAAACAACCCAAAAGUGGACAUAUUCGCCUUUUCAAGUGGACUUAAAUGAGCUGUUGCGCGGUUUCCAGGCACUACUUUCCUACGCGCCGCUAACUGCGGAUGCUGCCGCUCCACGAAGCCACUAAAACUUGCGUGAUUGUGUGAUUUUUUUCUCUCCCUCUUUUCCCACACUGGCGGCGAACACAUUGAGUGGAUAUAUCCAUCGGAGCUAAGAAGGGAUAUUAUCAAUGAAUAAGUGAUUAUUUUCUCCUUAAUGCUGGGAUAAGUUCAUCAUUCGGUCUCCGCUUGGGAUGAAUCGUGUUUUUUUUAAGGCGCCUCCAGCUUGUUGGCGAGCACUUUCUUAGCGGGCUUUUUUUUUAAGCUACAAGCCGCCAGAAGAUGUCUUCGCCGAGGUUCAAAAAGGAUAAGGAGAUCAUCGCAGAUUACGAGAGCCAAGUGAAAGAAAUCCGGGCCCAGUUAGUGGAACAGCAGAAAUGCAUGGACCAGCAGACAGAGAUGAGGGUCCAGCUAUUGCAGGACCUUCAGGAUUUCUUCAGGAAGAAGGCGGAGAUUGAGAUGGAAUACUCCAGAAACCUGGAGAAACUGGCUGAACGCUUCAUGGCCAAGACUCGCAGCACUAAGGACCACCAGCAGUAUAAAAAAGACCAGAAUCUGUUGUCACCUGUCAACUGUUGGUACCUGCUGCUGAACCAGGUGAGGAGGGAGAGUAAGGACCAUGCCACUCUGAGCGACAUCUACCUGAACAAUGUCAUCAUGAGGUUCAUGCAGGUUAGCGAGGACUCCACACGACUACUGAAGAAGAGCAAGGAAAUCGCAUUCCAGCUCCAGGAAGACUUAAUGAAGGUCCUUAAUGAGCUGUACACAGUGAUGAAGACCUACCACAUGUACCACUCAGAGAGCAUUAGUGCAGAGAGCAAACUGAAAGAAGCUGAAAAGCAAGAAGAGAAACAGAUUGGGCGGGGAGAUCCAGUUUUCAGCAUCCGUAUGGAGGACAAAUACCAGAAGCGCAACUCGGUGAAAAAGAUUGAGAAGAUGAAGGAGAAGCGGCAAGCCAAGUACUCAGAGAACAAGAUGAAGUCGAUCAAAGCACGAAACGAGUACCUCCUUACACUGGAAGCCUCCAACUCGUCUGUUUUCAAAUACUACAUCCAUGACCUGUCUGACCUAAUUGAUUGCUGUGAUUUGGGAUACCAUGCCAGUUUAAAUAGAGCCUUGCGGACAUACCUGUCAGCUGAAUACAACUUAGAGACUUCCCGCCAUGAAGGUCUUGACAUAAUCGAAAAUGCCGUGGACAGUCUGGACCCAAGAAGCGACAGACAAAGGUUUAUGGAGAUGUUCCCUACGGCCUUUUGCCCCCCCGCAAAAUUCGAGUUCCAGUCCCACAUGGGAGAUGAGGUGUGUCAGAUUUCUGUGCAGCCUCCGGUGAAUGGAGAGCUCAUACUAAGGUUCCAGCAGCUGCAGUCUCGUUUAGCCACUCUUAAGAUUGAAAAUGAAGAGGUGAAAAAGACAUCAGAGGCUACCCUCACCACUAUCCAGGACAUGGUGACCAUUGAGGAUUAUGACGUGUCCGAGUGCUUCCACCACAGCAGAUCCACUGAGUCAGUCAGGUCCACUGUGUCAGAGACAUACCUCAGCAAACCAAGCAUUGCUAAGAGGAGGGCCAACCAACAGGAGACAGAACAAUUUUACUUUAUGAAAUUCCGGGAGUUUUUGGAGGGCAGCAAUCUCAUCUCCAAACUGCAGGCCAAACAUGAUUUGUUGAAGAAGACACUUGGCGAAGGUCACAGAGCUGACUACAUGACGACGAGACAUCCUAAUGGGCUGUUCAAAACCCACACUGGCACCCGACGGGCUAGACCCCGUUCUGUUUUUAAUGUUAGGUUAUUUAAUGGAAAUAUGGAGUCGUAUAUCAAGGACUCUGGACAAGCUAUCCCUCGUGUGGUUGAAAGUUGUAUUCGCUAUAUAAAUUUGUAUGGUCUCCAACAUCAGGGAAUAUUUCGAGUGUCUGGAUCUCAGCUGGAAGUCAAUGACAUUAAGAACUCAUUUGAGAGAGGAAACGACCCUCUGGCAGACGAUGAGAGUAAUCAUGACAUCAACUCAGUGGCAGGUGUUCUUAAACUUUACUUUCGUGGCCUGGAGAACCCUCUUUUCCCCAAAGAGAAGUUCAGUGACCUGCUGUCCUGCAUCCGAAUGGACAAUCUGUACGAGAGAGCUCUGUACAUUCGAAAGAUCCUCCUGACCAUUCCCAGAUCAGUCCUUGUUGUGAUGCGCUACCUCUUUUCAUUUCUCAACCACCUGUCCCAGUACAGUGACGAGAACAUGAUGGACCCUUACAACUUGGCCAUUUGCUUUGGCCCUACUCUCAUGCCCACACCAGAGUGCCAGGACCAGGUCUCCUGUCAGGCCCACGUCAACGAGAUAAUCAAGACCAUCAUCGUUCAUCAGGAGAAUAUCUUUCCUGAUGCCAACGAGCUGGAUGGGCCUCUCUAUGAAAAGUGCAUGGCAGGAGGAGACUAUUGCGAGAGUCCCUACAGUGAGCAUGGAGCGCUGGAGGAAGUUGACAAUGAAGGAGGGGCAGAGACACACACCAGUGAGGAUGAGGGCGAGCCGAUAGAAGCCAUUGCCAAGUUUGAUUACGUCGGGCGCUCUUCCAGAGAGUUGUCCUUCAAGAAGGGCGCCUCGCUGCUGCUGUAUCAGCGAGCGUCGGAAGACUGGUGGGAGGGACGUCACAACGGUAUCGACGGCCUGGUGCCACACCAGUACAUUGUGGUCCAAGACAUAGAUGACAACUUCUCAGACACUCUGAGCCAGAAGGCUGACAGCGAGGCCAGCAGCGGCCAUGCUGCAGAGGACAAAUGCUCAGGAAAAGACAUCAGUCCCGCCACUGACACCAGGAUCUCGGAGGCCUUCAUCACCAGCAGGCACAGAAAACGUUUAGAUCCGCCAUCCCGCCGCCCUCCUGCCCGCCCCAGCGAUGCUCACUGUAAGGUCCAUCCCUCCCAGCAGGGUCACCCUGCACACGGAGGCACCCCCGAGAUGGGCUCGCCAGUCCUCGGCCACUUCAGUCCACGCGACAUGCUGCGCAGUCGCAAUCAUUUGCCUGCGGACAGUCCAGAGCGUCGGCGCCGCACCGGCCACGGCAGCCUGAGCAACAUCAGUCGCCACGAGUCCCUGAAAAAGAUGGAAAGCCCGCCCAUCCGCCGCUCCACCUCGUCGGGCCAGUACACAGGCUUUAGCGAGGCCCACCACCAUCGCCACCACGGUGGCAAGCCCCUGGACCCGGAGACCAUCGCACAGGACAUAGAAGAAACCAUGAACACCGCUCUGAAUGAGCUGCGCGAGUUAGAGCGCCAGAGCUCGGCGAAGCACGCCCCCGACGUGGUGCUGGAUACCCUGGAGCAGCGCCAGACCCCCGGUAGCGUCGGUGGUCCCACGCCGGCCAGCUCCAGCGAAUCCCUCGGCCUUCCUAUCCACGGCGUCAUGCUCAGGUCCACCGCCAACACCGAGCCGCCUUUCCGCCGCAGCACCAGCGCCUCCAGCGACAACAUGAGCACCUUCAAGCCUGCGGUCACGCCCCGCAUGGGGGUGCAACUCAAGCCGCCCGCUUUGAGACCCAAACCGACGGUCGUGCCCAAGACCGGUCAGACGCCGCACCCUCCCGCCGCGUCCACUCAGGAUUCGUUGGACAAAUCCUGCACCAUGUGACGUUUGGGACGAAAGCAACUUCCACAAAGGCUGCACAACGCAUGCAGCAGAUUCACCUAAAACUGUAGCUGGCCAAUCAAAACCUUGACACGUCUAGAAUGAACACCAACAACAAAUCACAAAGGCUCCCUGUCAUGUUGCAUCAUAGUUAGGUUAACAACAACUGGACACUCCAUGGUGCAUGUAACACAUGUUUACCACUGAGGCUGCGCUCAGUGAGAACUAACAACCACCGUCUUGUUUUCUUUCCACUGACAGGUGUCGCCUCUGACAUCUUGCACAUGUUAUAAGUUGCCAUUGUAAAGCUGCUGUCAACAGACUUUCUAGUACUGUGUUGUUGAAUGAGUCAUGGUUGAGCCGUCAUCUUGCGUCAACACUCUGAGAAAACCACUACUUUAUGAGCAUCGUUAAAAUUUGACAUCUAAGGAGGAAACGUGCACACAAAAAUGUCGCUUGGUUGGCGUCCUCCAGCCAAAGCAUGGAUGAGGACUCUCCAAAAGACGUAUUGUUGCUAGUAAAGGACUCACUAUGACAACUUCGCUCUGUCAAGAGUUUACAUGCUGUGAUGAGAAUGUUACUAGAACAUUCUGAAUCCCUUUCCUGUGUGACAGCGGUGGUGCGUCGAAGCGGAGCACUCGUGCCAGUCAGCAGCAAAGAGUUCCAAUUUGUGUGUGUGUAUAUUUAAAUCUCUGUAGGUUGUUUUAGGAAUGUCCAUCCAAACAAUUGCUGAAUUUGUCUCGAAAGGUAUUG